AUGGUGGAGCUGGGAUUGAACUGGGAUUUGCUUUUCUGGGCCCCCUCUCAGAAGCGACUAGCCAGCCCCCAGCUCUGGGAGGCUCGUUCUCCCGCGGUGCCCCUGCAGGCGCGCAGGGCCGGGGAGCUGCUGGUGGUGAAGGAGCGCAACGGGGUGCAGUGCCUGCUGGCGCCCCCCGGGCGCGAGGAGCCGCCCCGGGAGACCUGGGGCAAGAAGGUCGACUUCCUGCUGUCGGUGGUGGGCUUCGCGGUGGACCUGGCCAACGUGUGGCGGUUCCCGUACCUCUGCUACAAGAACGGCGGCGGUGCCUUCCUGAUCCCGUACACGCUGUUCCUCAUCAUCGCUGGGAUGCCCCUCUUCUACAUGGAGCUGGCUCUGGGCCAGUUCAACCGGGAAGGGGCAGCCACAGUGUGGAAGAUCUGCCCGUUCUUCAAAGGAGUCGGCUACGCCGUGAUCCUCAUCGCCAUCUACGUCGGCUUCUACUACAACGUCAUCAUCGCCUGGUCCCUCUACUACCUCUUCUCCUCGUUCACCUUCCACCUGCCCUGGACCGACUGCGGCCACCCCUGGAACAGCCCCAACUGCACCGACCCCAAGCUCCUCAACGCCUCCAUGCUGGGCAACCACACCAAGUACUCCAAGUACAAGUUCACGCCGGCCGCAGAGUUUUACGAGCGCGGCGUCCUGCACCUCCAUGAGAGCGGCGGGAUCCACGACAUCGGCCUGCCCCAGUGGCAGCUCUUGCUCUGCCUGAUGGUGGUGGUCGUCGUCCUGUUUUUCAGCCUCUGGAAAGGCGUGAAGACGUCAGGAAAGGUCGUGUGGAUCACAGCCACGCUGCCUUACCUGGUGCUGUUCGUGCUCCUGGUCCACGGCAUCACGCUGCCCGGCGCCUCCAACGGCAUCAGCGCCUACCUGCACAUCGACUUCUACCGCCUCAAGGAGGCCACGGUAUGGAUUGAUGCUGCCACUCAGAUAUUUUUUUCCCUGGGGGCUGGAUUUGGAGUCUUGAUUGCAUUCGCCAGUUACAACAAAUUUGACAACAACUGCUACAGGGACGCCCUGCUCACCAGCACCAUCAACUGUGUCACCAGCUUCAUCUCGGGAUUUGCCAUCUUCUCCAUCCUCGGGUACAUGGCCCAUGAGCACAAGGUCAACAUCGAGGAUGUGGCCACUGAAGGAGCCGGCCUGGUCUUCAUCCUGUACCCGGAAGCCAUCUCCACCCUGUCGGGGUCCACCUUCUGGGCUGUCGUGUUCUUCAUCAUGCUCCUGGCUCUGGGGAUUGACAGCUCAAUGGGAGGCAUGGAGGCCGUCAUCACGGGCCUGGCCGACGACUUCCAUGUCCUGAAGCGACACCGGAAGCUCUUCACAUUCGGCGUCACCUUCGGGACCUUCCUCCUGGCCCUGUUUUGCAUAACCAAGGGCGGAAUCUACGUACUGACGCUGCUGGACACGUUCGCGGCGGGCACCUCCAUUCUGUUCGCCGUGCUCAUGGAGGCCAUCGGCGUCUCCUGGUUUUACGGGGUGGACAGGUUCAGCAACGACAUCCACCAGAUGAUGGGGUUCAAGCCGGGCCUGUACUGGAGGCUGUGCUGGAAGUUUGUGAGCCCCGCCUUCCUCCAGGAAGAAUUAAAAUGUAUACUUCAGGGUGUCCGAAGAACCAAAAUAGGUGCUGCUACAGAAUUGGAUCCCCCCCUCCAGCAGGAUCAAAAAAGGUAGUGUUCAAGUUUCGAUCUGUUAGUAGUAUUGUAAUUC